AUGCAUAUUAUUACAAAUAAAUCUCUCCUGGGGAAUACUCCAUAUAUGUACUAGAUGCAGGAGAAAUUAAUAAGCUUAAGCUCUUGAACUUGAUUCAAAGACAAAAUCAUCAAAGAACUCAAGCAGCCAUGGAUUCCACAAGUGGAGCUCCUAUGCACAUAGCAAUAUUUCCAUGGUUUGCUAUGGGCCACCUAACCCCAACACUUCACCUAUCCAACAAGUUAGCACAGAGAGGCCACAGAAUCUCCUUCAUACUUCCAAAACGAACACAAACCAAACUACAACACCUCAAUCUUCACCCACACCUCAUCACCUUUGUCCCCAUCACAGUUCCUCGUGUUGAUGGCCUUCCCCACGAUGCUGAAACCACUUCAGACUUGCCCUUCUCUUUGUUCCCACUUCUCGCCACAGCUAUGGACCGUUCAGAGAAGGACAUCGAGCUUCUCCUAAGGGAUCUGAAGCCACAAAUUGUUUUCUUCGAUUUCCAACACUGGCUACCCAACCUGACUCGGACCCUAGGCAUCAAGAGUGUCAUUUACUUAAUAGUUCAUCCAUUAUCAACAGCAUACCUUGGAAACGGACCAAGAAAGAGCCAAGGAAAAGGUUUAACUGAACUUGAUCUAAUGGAACCGCCUCAGGGUUUCCCCGAUUCAUGUAUCAAGUUUCAGCCUCAUGAACUGCGAUUCCUCGUUUCCGUGAGGGAAAUCGAGUUUGGAAGUGGUGUUCUUCUGUACGAUCGGUUACACAAAGGUUUCAGUAUGGCAGAUGCAAUUGGAUUCAAAGGCUGCAAAGAAAUUGAUGGGUUAUAUGCGGAGUAUCUUGAAUCUGUGUAUGGGAAGCCUGUUCUACUUUCAGGGCCUCUUUUACCUGAGCCACCAAAUUCUACUUUGGAGGAAAAAUGGGUUGCAUGGCUUGGGAGAUUCAACCCUGGUUCUGUUAUUUUCUGUGCAUAUGGAAGUGAAGCCCCGUUAUCGCAAAAUCAAUUUGAAGAGUUGUUGCUUGGUCUUGAACUAACAGGUUUUCCAUUUCUUGCAGCACUUAAGCCCCCUAAUGGAUUUGACUCUAUUGAAGAAGCAUUGCCACAAGGGUUCAAAGAAAGGGUUCAAGGAAGAGGGAUUGCUUAUGGAGGUUGGGUGCAGCAACAAUUGAUUUUGGAACACCCUUCUGUGGGGUGCUUCAUAACGCACUGUGGAGCUGCUUCUGUUACUGAGGCACUUGUGAAUACGUGUCAGUUGGUGCUGCUGCCACGACUUGGUACUGAUCAUAUCAGCAAUGCAAAAAUGAUGAGUAGAAAGCUAAAGGUUGGGGUGGAAGUGGAGAAAGGGGAAGAAGAUGGGUUGUUCACAAAAGAAAGUGUAUGCAAAGCUGUGAAAACUGUGAUGGAUGAUGGGAAUGAGGUUGGAAGAGAAGUGAGACAAAAUCAUGCCAAGUUGAGAAACUUCUUACUAAGCAACAACCUAGAGUCGGCAUGUGUGGAUAGUUUCUGUCACCAACUUCAACAUUUAUUAUAAUUUCCGAUCGACAAGCUUUUCAGUUGUUUACAAAUAAAUAUGUUAGAGGAGUGUUGUGCUUGAUGAAUAGAAGUCACUCUUAUUUUUUCAAA